AUGGCUGAGAAUCGUACGCUGAUAGCCGUUAUUGCUGACGAGGAUAGCAUCACCGGGCUCCUGCUUGCAGGAGUGGGGCAGGUGACUCCGUCAACACAAGAGAAGAACUUCUUCAUCUACAACGAGGGCGUGACCAGCCGAGAGCAGGUGAGCGAGGCAUUUGAGAAGUUCACAAGCGUGCGGGACGACAUAGCCAUCUUGCUGAUCAACCAGCACGUGGCAGAGGAGAUUCGGGCGCAGAUAGACAACUUCACGGAGCCCUUUCCGGCGAUACUGGAAAUCCCGUCGAAGGACCACCCGUACGACCCCGAGAAGGACACGGUGCUGCGGCGCGUCCGGCGCCUCUUUGGCGAAUGA